AUGAGAAGCUUGAUCAGCGAUGCUGUUGCCAUUUUCAGGUUACAACCUGCCGGAGGAAUAUUGGCCAGCGUAGGCCGAAAUCAAUACCACUCCUACAAUAUCCCCAUUAUCAAGACCAUAGACGACGAAACCCAUGUCAAGAUCAAACUUGGUAUUGGUAAGUCAGUCGAAUUACGCAUUCGCUAUCCUCCCAGGCCAGAAAGUAAUAGCCCCAUCAUCAUCUUCCUGAGGCGCGGCAUUCCUACGCCGACGCAGUGUGAAUCUCAUCUCAAAGAUCUCGCCGUUGGCGCAAAUGCCACUGCUGUUGAGAUAAAUUAUAGGCUCUCGACACAGAAUGGCUAUCCACUUCCUAUACAUAUGGUACUCGCAGGUUAUGAUUGGACUCGAGCGAACCUUGCCCGCGGUAUUCAUACAGGUUAUAAAGGACUGAGGAUGACCACCAAACCCUCGAAGAUCGGUGUAUGCGGCGAGCUGGCUGGGGGAAGCCUAGCUACGAUGCUGGCUCUGACAGAGUGCUUCUAUACGCCUGCAGAGCUAGAGCCCCAAGGCAUCAGCGCUCUGGCAGUCGGAAACCCAAUCCUUGAUUGGACUGCGUUGACCCCAAGCUUUGCGAGACGAAACGCUCCCCAAGCAGGAAUCUUCCGCAAAGUUCGUGGUUUUCCCGGAGGCGCUAACAAUGGGUCUCUUUCUGUCAAUGGCCUCUGCGAUAUCCGAGACGCUUUCUUCUCGAAAGCAGAAAGAUAUUUCGACCCAUUUGCAAGUCCGCUGCUGUUUUUCCGCACACCGAGUUCUGAGAUCCCGAACCAGGCUGCUACAUCUACUGAAGAAAGCCUUCUCAACGGUGGUCCGGAGGGUGAGAAUUUUCUCUUACCGAUUGCCAAGAAGCGUCUUUCGGCUCGCAAAUAUCCACCAGCGGGCUCGAACCUGCUGUUACCUUGGACAAGAGUGGGGUUAGGGAAGGAUUGCGAGUUCAAGGAUCAAGGGGUAGACCUCGUUGAACUGAUGCGAAAAAGCUUCAGACGCUCGGAAGUCGAAAGGACAGCCGAUGCGAAGCCCAUUGUUAGAAGGAAUUUUGAGGUUGAGGAAAGGGAGGGCAUUGGGUUGUGGGACGAGAAGCAUAUGCUUGAGAUUGGGCAGUGGUUCGGUGAAAAACUAAGAAAGCCGUGA